AUGAUGUCAGAUUCGGUGUGUCUUGAGGAACUGCCCCCUGGGCCUGUCCUGCUACCUGAGGGACUGAGAUAGACCCAGAACAGGCACGAUGACAUUGAGAGAGACAACAAAAAAGGGAGAGGUGUGAGGUUUAAAUUAGGUACCCCAAACAACCCGGUCGAGCCUAGUUGCUCAGAGGAGGAUGUUGAAUUGUAUAAAGUAAAAUACUAGCUGAAAACUUUUACUUUUAUAAAAUUUUAUGUCAUUCGUUCAGGAUUAAAAAUUACGAAACCUUUGUUGCAGGAAUUUUAUUCUAUUUGA